AUGUCAACCUCAAUCCCAAAUUCCCUCGCUCCAGUCGUAGCUGUCUGCCACGGUGGUGGUCCUAUGCCCAUCAUCAACGAUCCUGGCCAUGCCGAGCUCAUAAAGUCCAUGAGCACGCGUGUUCCCGAAAUACUCGGCAUCUCUUCAAAUUCAUCUUCCACCUCGCCUCCCCCCAAGGCUAUUGUAUUGGUUACUGCACAUUGGGCCGAGACACGUCCUCACAUAAGCAGCGCUCAGCACCACGAUUUAUUAUAUGAUUAUUCUGGAUUCCCACCUGAAACAUACAAAUUGAAGUACUCUGCGCCCGGAAGUCCAGAAGUAGCCAAGGAGAUCUUUGAGCUAUUGGAUGGGGCGGGUUUCGACCCAGUGUUGGAUGAGAAGAGAGGCUGGGACCAUGGCGUAUUUGUUCCACUCCUUCUCAUUUCUCCCGCAGCGCAGAUCCCCGUUAUUCAAGUAUCUGUCCUACAAUCCAACUCUCCCGCCCAACAUUAUGCCAUGGGUCAAGCCCUUGCGCCUCUGCGAUCCCGCGGCAUUGCCAUUAUCGGUAGCGGCAUGCCAACAUUUCACAAUCUCCGUCUCAUGUUCUCUGGUCUCGGAAAUACCCCCGCAUACGUAGCUCGCAACAAAGAGUGGUCAAAUCGCUUGACGGAAACACUAAAGAUAUCCGAUGCUGAAGAACGGGGUAAACGACUAGAGAAUUGGAGGGAUUGGAUUGGGGCUGAGGAUGCGCAUCCUCAGAGAGGUCAGGAGCAUUUCUUGCCACUUAUUGUAUGCGCGGGCGCUGGAGGUAAUAAGCCGGUAAAGGGGUGGGAGGAUGAAGUUAUGGGGUCACCGCAAUGGACAUAUUAUUGGGAUUAA